AAGAAUUGAGGGCAGCAGACAUGGCAGCUCUCAGUAGGUGGUUGGCUCUCCUGCUGCCCUGGGCCAGAGCCACUCAGAGGGGCUCCCUUCCCAGGAGACAGCCUUCACGUUGUGGGACCUCUAUGCUCUGUCCCCUGUGGGCUUCAAUGGGUACAGCCUGAGGUCACAAUGUCACAGCACAGCUCCUGUCCUCUUCGAGGUUCCUGCCUGAAAACCAGCUUGGGAGUCCCCCCACUGCCUGCAACCACCUCCAACCCAGUUCCCCAUCACCAUGCACUCUUUGGACGAGCCGCUCGACCUGAAGCUGAGCAUCACCAAGCUCCGGGCGGCAAGAGAAAAGCGCGAGAGGGCGCUGAGUGUGGUCCGGCACCGAGCUCUGCACAGGGAGCUCGGCCUGGUGGAUGACAGCCCCGCCCCAGGCUCGCCGGGCUCCCCGCCCUCAGGCUUUCUGCUGAACCCCAAAUUCCCCGAGAAGGUAGAGGGACGCUUUUCAGCUGCCCCUUUGGUGGACCUCAGCUUGUCACCGCCAUCUGGGCUGGAUUCCCCCAACGGCAGCAGCUCACUGUCCCCUGAGCGCCAGGGCAACGGGGACCUGCCUGCAGUGCCCACCGCCCCGGACUUCCAGCCCCUGCGCUACCUGGAUGGCGUCCCCAGCUCCUUCCAGUUCUUCCUGCCUCUGGGCUCCGGAGGCGCCCUGCACCUGCCUGCUUCCUCCUUCCUCACGCCCCCAAAGGACAAGUGCCUCUCACCAGAGCUACCCCUGCCCAAGCAGCUGGUGUGUCGUUGGGCCAAGUGUAACCAGCUCUUCGAGCUCCUGCAAGACCUGGUGGACCACGUCAACGACUACCACGUCAAGCCCGAGAAGGAUGCCGGGUACUGCUGCCAUUGGGAGGGCUGCGCCCGCCACGGCCGCGGCUUCAACGCCAGGUACAAGAUGCUCAUCCACAUCCGCACGCACACCAACGAGAAGCCGCACCGCUGCCCUACCUGCAGCAAGAGCUUCUCGCGCCUGGAGAACCUGAAGAUCCACAACCGCUCGCACACUGGUGAGAAGCCCUAUGUGUGCCCCUACGAGGGCUGCAGCAAGCGCUACUCCAACUCCAGCGACCGCUUCAAGCACACGCGCACCCACUACGUGGACAAGCCCUACUACUGCAAGAUGCCCGGCUGCCACAAGCGCUACACCGACCCCAGCUCGCUGCGCAAGCACAUCAAGGCCCACGGCCACUUCGUGUCUCACGAGCAGCAAGAGCUCCUCCAGCUGCGCCCGCCCCCCAAGCCGCCGCUGCCCACCCCCGAUGGCGGCCCCUACGUCAGCGGAGCCCAGAUCAUCAUCCCCAACCCUGCUGCCCUUUUCGGAGGCCCUGGCCUGCCCGGCCUGCCCCUGCCCCUGGCCCCCGGCCCCCUUGACCUCAGCGCUCUGGCGUGUGGCAAUGGUGGGGGCAGUGGGGGUGCAGGGGGCAUGGGCCCCGGGCUGCCGGGCCCCGUCUUGCCCCUCAAUCUGGCCAAGAACCCGCUGCUGCCCUCACCCUUUGGGGCUGGUGGACUGGGCCUGCCUGUGGUCUCCCUCCUCGCUGGCUCCGCUGGCGGCAAGGCCGAGGGGGAGAAGGGGCGCGGGGCAGUGCCAGCCAGGUCUCUGGGCAUGGAGGGCCGCAAGACACCCCUCGAGAGGACUGAGAACAGCCGCUCCCGGCCGAGCCCUGACGGACUUCCCCUGCUGCCGGGCGCCGUGCUGGACCUGUCCACGGGGGUCAGCUCGGCGGCCAGCAGCCCAGAGGCACUCGCGCCGGGUUGGGUGGUCAUCCCGCCAGGCUCCGUGCUGCUCAAGCCGGCGGUGGUGAACUGAGUCUGCCUGGUGACAGCCACCUGCAGCCCAGCUAGGAGCUCCUGGCCCUGCCCCCGACGAACGGAAACUCUUCUGCGAAAUAGCAAUAAUGUCCUCCUGCCCCUGGGGCCUGGUGGCUGUGUCCCCCAGGCAGACCCAGCCCCAGACAAGCUGGGCAGCAAGGAUGGUGCUCGAAGGUCAUUGGUGGUGCCCCAGGCUCUGGAGGGGGAGCUGGUCCUGCUAGCCAGGGAGAGCUGUGCUCCGGGGUGCUAAGGCCCUGCUCCCCUCCAGCACUCCCCCCACCCUCAGAUGCCCUGGUCCCCACCCUGGUACCUCCCUCAUCCAGUCACCAGCCUGGGUAAGUCACUUGCCCCCCCCCCCCCCCCGGGCCCCAACCACCUGCCAGCCAUGUUCCCAUCCUGGCUAGCCUCUCUGGGGCCCCUGCUCUGGGGGCUUCUUUGACCCCUUUCCCUCUGGCCCAUUCUCCAGAGGGAGAGCAAGACAGACGCAGGCAAAGCCACAGGAAGAAGCCACCAUAUCCCUAUGACAAGGCGCCUCCAAACUCCGAGAGGGAGGCCCGCUCUGCCAGCUGCCCCCCCCCACUAGCCCAUCCAGAAACAGCCAGCACGGAGGGUCAGCCCCUUGUCCGGGCUGGACACUCUCCAAAGAAAGGGGCCACUGACCACUCACCUGCUAUUUCACCACUGGGCCUUCUCCUGGCUCCUUUCAGAGUCCUGGAGGUGUGGGGAGUAGCGCCCUAAGCGAGGAGGUGGGACACCAGGACCUUGGGCCCUCGCUUGGCUCAGGGCAGGUGGGACCAGGAGUGGCCUAGAGCAGUGCCACUCUGCACAAGGGGCUCUGGAGGCUUGCAGGGUGUCAGAAGGUGGGAGGCUGGCUGGGGACAACUCCAGGCUGGGGACAACCCCAGGCUGGGACAUGGCUCCCAUUCUGGGGAUGCCAAGUCACCGCCAGCACACAGGAGGAGUUGGGCUCUAGGCCAGCACUGGCCGUGGGAGCUUUCCAUAGGCUGUGGACUGAAAGCCCUGGCCUUGGGGGCAAUAAGGUGAACCAGGAUUCCCACCGGAGGGUCCCAACCCUCCGCCCAGGAAGGGGAAGCUGGAGGAAGGAGCCUGGACUUAAAACAUGGCGGUUUCCUUUGGCUUUGGCUCUUCCCAGCGGAGCCUUUGUCCUAGAGGUGCCCCCCCUUCAUGCCCACCUCCCUCUCACUGGCAUGGGCCAGAAUAAGCUAAGGACUAAGGACGCUGGUGCUCCAUAUGCCCCACAGCCCACGGCCCGACCCCACCAGGCCCUGGGGCCGCAGCACAUAGGCUCUCCCGCCCUGAGUCCCUGCUGUUCCCUCCCUGGAGGUGGCCUGGUGCCAUCUGGGAGGUGCUGGCCUGGCAGUCAGGACUUCUGGCUCGAAGGCCUGCCCGGUCCUUGGCCACAUGACCAAGCACUCCAUUCCCCUGCUGCAGAACAGGGAGCUGCAGGCCAGCAGUGGGGUGGUUAGCAAGCCUGCAGACCCCACCCUUUCCUGGACCGCCCUCCUCUUAGAGGGGUCACCCUGACCCGGCCUGCCCUGACAGGGCCUGGCAGUGCUGGCUCUGCCCCUUGAAGGGGCUGUGAGCAAAGCAGGAGGGAGCUGGUCUCCUUUCUUCGAGCCCCACCCAGGACCCAGGCCUUAAAUCCCCAGUUGGGGGUGAGGGGUUUGAGACUCAAGCCCAGGGAGCAGAGGAACAGGGCACUGGAAGGUGACAUUAGCUCAGCAUGUGACUCAGUGAUAGACCAGGCUCGCAAGGGCUGGUGUACGUGUUGUUGUUGUGGGUUUGUUGUUGCACAUUCCAGGAUAUCAGUAUUUUAACAGGUUCUAAGUGCCUUUCUAUCGUAGCUUAUGUUUUUCCUCCUCUUGGCUCCAUUGCUGUUAGCAUAGAGUUUAAAAAAAAAAAAAAGAGAUAAGCUAAUGACUAUAACAAAAUAUUCCUCCAUGUGAGAGGAAGUUUAUAAAGAAACAAUAAAAGUGAGCUGCAAAGAC